AAAACCAUCCAAACAUAGACCCCAAAAACAAUUUGAUUAAUUCCUUCCCUCCCAAGUCAUUUCCAGAUUCAUGCCACAUUCCCUAAUCAACUGAAAUCCAAUGCAAUACAAAACUAAGCAAAAGGAGUCAACUUCUCUCAUAAACGUACGUAAGUGGGAAAGCAUUACUGAAUUGAAUGAAUUUGGGUACUUCUAUUUCCAGACAUUUGGAGACACCUCCUCAUCCCCGCAAAAUUUUAUUCCCCCAUUAAAUAAUUUCUCUGAACCAAAACACCGUUUUCUUCUUCCCCUUUGCCAUCAAAGCAACACGUUCUUCUGCUCCCUCACACCCUUUCCUUCACAAUUUCAACUCUGUUAUAAAUACCCAUCACCCCUUUUCCUUCCUCAAUCAUAACCCAAUUCGCUCUUUCGGUUUUCCUUCUCUUUUGCGAAACGGAAUCCAACCCAUUCGUCCGAAAGGCCCAAAUUUCUUUUAGCGCCAUGGAUGUUCUGUGCGACACAGAGGGCCGGAGGGUUAGUGUUGGUGGUGGGAUUUACGGCGAUGGUGAUGAUCAUCAGCUUGAAGACGACGACUUCUACGCGGAGCUUGUGAGGCAGGUCCUGAUUUUGACGGCCGAUGACGACGAUUCCGCCGCGAGUACUCCUCGCCGCCGGGACAAUGUUGGGUACUUCGAUUCGAUGGCACAGCCUGCUGCUGCAACUGGAGGCUUAUUCUAUAGCAGUUCCUAUUCUCUACCAACUUGGCCGGCGGUGAACGUGUCGAGGAACGGUGGCGGUGGAUUUGGUGGUACUGGUGUUUUCAUUCCUCUAACCGCCGCCAAAUCCAGGAGAAGGAACGGGAAUGGUAAUCAUGGCAGACGAGGCGGUAGCAGUCACAAGCAACAAGCAGAGAAGAAGAUGGUGCCGAACAAGCACUGACGAUUCAUCCAACAAGCAGAUUUUCUGGUUAGCAAAUCUUAGGAGGAGACGUACUGACGUAGUAGUCGAACACAUGAAGCGAGAUGGGUAAAAACCCUUAUCUUGUAAGGUCACUAAUACCACAGUUGUAUGCGAAGAUUUUGUUUGGUUUCAGAUGAUAGUUUCCAUUGAAUUGCUCUGAAACUGCAGGCAACCAUGAACAUCGGUUGCUUUUUUGUUCGUAACACCAAUCCAUCUCAAUAACAAGAGCGUCAAUUUCGUC